AUGAACCCGGCCCAGCCCGAGUUCAUGCGCGCACGUGGCAAGCGCAGGGUGAGGGGGAAUGGAGCGGAGUGCGGGCGGUCGAGCGACUCCGACGAGGAGUGGACGGGGAGGAGGAAGAGGAAGGAGGAGGAGGCAAGGGGCUGCUUCACGCUGGGCCACCGUGGGAGAGUCGCACGCGAGGGCAGCUCCCAGCAAGCGCCGGAAGCCCUGGAGUACGUGUGGAGCAUCUUGCAGGGCGUGGAGGAGGAGCAGCAGCAGCAGGAGGAGGAGUCCAGGGGAUUUGAGCUGAGGGAGGGCUCCUCCGUGCCGCCGGCCUCCGCCCAGGCUGUGGCGGUGUCGCGCAGCGCUCGCUCUCGCAACGGCCUGCGCCCGCGCGAGAGGCAAGUCUACACAGAGGUGGAGGAGCCCCAGGACGACGACUUCUUCUUCUGCGAGCUGUGCAGGGAUUUCUACCUGGCGGAGUGCUCCGUGCACGGCCCGCCAGAGUUCAUCGCGGACGCGGCCGUGGCCCCGGGAGUGGCCAACAGGGCCCGGCUCAGCCUGCCCCAGGGCCUCACCGUCGGCGCCUCCUCCAUCGCCGGCGCCGGCCUCGGGGUGUGGAGCAACAGGAAGAAGCUGCCCAAGGGGGUGAUGUUUGGGCCCUACCAGGGAGAGGUGUCUGAGGAGAACCCCGUGAGCGAGUACUGCUGGCUGAUUUACAAAAACAAAAAGGAUUGUGAAUAUGUUGAUGCUCAGGAUGAAUCUAAAUCAAACUGGAUGAGGUUCGUCAACUGCGCGAGGAAUGAGCAGGAGCAGAACCUGGUGGCCUUCCAGCACAGGGGGCAGAUUUACUACCGCACGUUCCGUGCCGUGGGGCCCGGCUCUGAGCUGCUGGUCUGGUACGGCGAGGAGUUCGCCCAGGAGCUGGGCAUCGCCUGCGAGGCCGGGCCCUCGCGACGCCGCAGCAGCAGCAGCAACGAGAUGGCUCCCAGGGCCACCGCCAGAGACCUGCAGCCCGUGCAGCCUCCACCAAGCGAGGAACACCGUGGAGUGGGUGUGGAGGUCACAAGGCUGCCGUGUCCUGCCUGCAACCGUCAGUUCAUCUGCCGCUCUAGUCUACAACAUCACGUGCAGAGGAGACACCCCACUAAGCCCAGUAACAAAAGUCAUCAGUGUGACCAAUGUCCAUACAGCACAGACUACAAGAGUACCUUGAAGAAGCACCAGAGAACACACACGGGAGAGAAGCCGUUCAAGUGCACCGUGUGUAAGAAGGCAUUUGCAGACACAUCAACUCUUCACAGGCACCAGAGAACACACACGGGAGAGAAGCCGUUCAAGUGCACCGUGUGUGAGAAGGCGUUUGCACGGCUAUCAACUCUUCACAGCCACCAGAGAACACACACGAGAGAGAAGCCGUUCAAGUGCACCGUGUGUGAGAAUGCGUUUGCACAGCUACCACAUCUUCACAGCCACCAGAGAACACACACGGGAGAGAAGCCGUUCAAGUGCACCGUGUGUGAGAAGGCGUUUGCAGACCCAUCAACUCUUUGCAGACACCAGAGAACACACACCGGCCAGAAUGCAUUUUCUCAUUCCCGUGGAAACAGAAAAGUCAGCCAUCCUGAGCAAAAAGCGCACAGCGCCGAGCUGUGAAUUAGUUUUAAACAACAGGCCACGUGAUUAGCCGAGGCUGUGCCACUCUUGAAACUGAUUUUGAAUGUGAACACGGAAACCUACGAACCCUCCUACACCUGCCUCACACUCUGUGGGGGGUGGGAGAUUAAACCGACCCGGCCACCCCUAGAUUGCAAGUGCGGAGUUCUAGGUCCCAACCACUGCACGUCCCCCCCCCACCCCCAUCACCUGGGGGUCCCUGUGUGUGUGAGUGUGCAGAGUCCCCCGUGCAGAGCUGCACUGUUGUUACCCUAGAGGGGGGCACCGCAGGGCGAUCCACCUACAGACACCCCAGUCUGCACGUCUCCCGCCGGUCUCCAUGCGCACCGCGUGCCGUCUCGUAGCCCUGCCCCGUGCGACGUACGUACAGUACGUACAGUACGUACCCAUCCAGCGGUAGACUGAACCGCGGCUGAUGACGAAGGUGGCAUCCGCUCACAAAUCUCCGAACACUCAGUCCAGAGGUCGCAACCGGGUACCCGAUACCCGUACCCUACGGUCACUGGUGAGUAACUGUCACUCAUUUCCCAACGUCUUGUCUCUUCUCACAAUUCAAGUUCCUAGAAUCAACCCACCCGCGCCUGCAACAUGGCUUCACCCCAGAGGUCGCAAUCAGGUACCCGAUACCGGGUACGGGUACCUGUUUACGACGCUGGUGCGGCCAGGUACGGGUAAGGAAUCAAAACCCGUUUGCGACCUCUGACUCAGUACCGUAGCCCCGAGCCAUCGCUUGUGCGCUAUUCACUUUGCUGCUGAGAGGAAAGCUACGGGGUGGAGGUGGGGGGGUUGCUAUGAGAGGACAUCUGUGGAA